AUGGCCGCCGCCAACGGCACCCUCACCCCGCCGACCCUUCCGCCUGCGCCCACGUCGCCCUCGGCUGCAAAGCGCAAACUCGCCAGCCCCCGUCCAAAGCCUUCCAAUGUCGCUCCCGCGCCUGUUCAAGCAGACGGCCCAGCAGACGGCACGCGUUCUCUGCAGGCGGCAUUGCACGACAUACUCGAGGUCCUCAAGAGCUACGACACGCAGCCCUCGAUUUUGUCGCAUCCCAUAACCUCGUUGAUAACCCGCUCUGUCUCUGGAGAAGCCGACUCCAAGCGCACCAAACUGACCCCCCCGACUGGCCCUGCAACCAUCGCCACCCUUAUCCAAGACGGUUCCUACGAUUCUCUGCACGCUCUCGAAAGAGAUGUUGAGAACGCGACCACGGACAUUCUGGCCUCCACUGGCGCAAGCGACGCCUCGGCCACAAGAACCUCUCCCCAGGACACUGCGCUCCAAGGCAAGGUGCUCGCUUUCCAGACAAUCCUUAAGAACCUAGUCAGCAGAGAAGAAGCACGUAAAGAACAUGUCCAAGCAAAUGUAUCCAAUCAAGAGGCAUCUCCACACGCGUCAAAGGAAGAAGGCACUCCAGUAGCUAUCAAGGAAGAAGAGCAUGAGGUACAGGGUCCCCAGAGUCGGACAGUCCUCACACUGUACGGAAGCGCGCCGCCCAAACAGCUGUUCUCGAGCCUGCAGCAACCUCAAAAGAUAUCCCCCACAACCCCCAUAUCCGCCCUCGACACUGCCGUCAAGGUGAUAUUGCCUCUCCGGGAGGCAAAUCUACCGAACCUCAUUAGCACUACGGAAGUGUACCCUCUUCCUGAUCCAGAUAGCAAGAAGCAACCCGCGACAAUCGGAAAUGUCUUUCGGGCACCUCCUCAUCUGACACAGAUUAGUCCACCCAAGUCUGCCAGGCCAACAACAAGCAAAGGCAAUAACACCAUUACCUUUGCGCACCAGGAAGCCCCCAAACCCCGGCGCAAGGGCUCCCAAUCGUAUGCACAUCAAAACUUGUCGUCUGGUUUCUGGCUAGGUUAUGGCGGCGUGGACAUGCCCAAGGACCAAAUUUCGCCAACCGCAAAGCAAAAGAGCAGGCAGCGUGCCCUGAGUAUGGGAGAGGCCCAACAACCACCGUCCGAGGCCAUUCUCGUUGCGGUCCAGCAAGCAAAGGAAGACGCUCUGUUUCGCAGUGCAUACUCUAGCUUUGCGCCAACUCGAGACGAUACGUCUGCCAUCAUUCCCGAGGAGACAAAGAACAUGGUGUGGUGGCAUAAGGUCGGCGAAAAGCGCUUCAAUGAAAUGUUCCCAAUCGAUCCAGCACUGCUCGAUCCUGAAGAAGCAGAGGCAGCACUUGCCAAUGGAACCACUGACGAGGACGAAUUGUUCAAAGAAGCCGUUGAAAACUUUACGCCUAUUAAUGGAGAUGUUUUGCCUGGCACAGAAGAGAAGAGCGAAGAAGAAAAAGACACGGAACAAAUCCUCAAAGAUAUCUCAGAGCUCCUCGAAACACUGGCUUCCUACCAAAGGAUAAGAAAUCUCUCACUUACAACCAACCCGCGCACACCGGUUGUUCAAAAUGCCUCUCUGGCAAACCUGGCUGGCAGUCCAUCAACGCCAUCGUCUGAAGAGUUUGAUGUCUAUCAGAUUCUCAAGUCGCAGCUGACUCUACUGAUCUCACAACUCCCACCCUACGCCGUUGCCAAACUGAAUGGGGACCAAAUGGACGAACUGAACAUCAGUCGAACGAUUCUCUUCGACACGAAAGAGUACAAGGGAGUCUUGGAAGAUGACCAGCUCUUGAAACUUUCAAAGACACCUGGAAUGACUGCUUCCACGCCCGCGACACUGGCGCGCACAGGUUCUGGCGCGGGUGCGCACUAUCCCGCAGCUGGUCACCAGUAUGGCCGUCCUACACCGUCCGUACAGCAACCAGGCGGCCGCCCCAUGUACUCGCAACAACCUCCUAUGCAUCGGUCGUCCUCGAUACAUCUGCAACGCUCACCCUCGGGCGUACAGCAACCUUUUCAGCCAGGCGGUGCUUCUUAUGCCCCUUCUUCCCGACCAACAUACGCAGCAACACCUUCUUAUGGCCAGCAGACAACACGAACAAGCUAUGGAACCACGCCUUCUGGACAGUAUUUCCCACAACGCUCGGCACAGCCCAGUGGAUACGGUGGUGCUGCCGGCUCACAAUACUACAACUCGACCCCUCAACCACAGGGCCAAAAUCGGUAUGCAGCACAACAAAACCAGGCCAACUUUUAUCCACGUCCGCAGAAUGGUGCACCCCUCUACAAUGGCGGUCAAACACCACAGCAACGCACGGCUUCACCAAUCAAGGGUGCACCUACACCUACGCCGUCCAACUAUGGCGCACGACCGGGCUAUAGCACACCGGUGUCAGGAGGUCAGAUGCGCAGCACAUACUACGGACCCUCGCAGUACGGCACUUCACAGCCGCCUGCUGCCACGACCCCUUUCAACGGCAUGCCCAACAACCCACAGCAAAUCAUGCUAGAGCGCCAACAAGCACAAGCGGCCGCUCAGUCGCAGGCCCGGCUCGCGGCCCAGAAUAGCUUCAACAAUAGCAGGCAAGGCUCCGGAACGCCCCAGCCUCCCAACGGCUCAGUGUAUGGUGCCCCUAACGGUGCUUCCAUGCCUACGUAG